UCCGUCCGCCCUCUCAUCUAAUCUGACUUGUGCAGUUCUGGGGCUAGCCCCCAUCUCAUCUCACGUCCUUUUUGUGUGUAAUCGCUAAGUGCCUAUAAGUACUGCGAUUUCCCUUUUCGUUUUAUCCAUGUAGCCAUCCCUCAUUCAGGUCUCACACUCUCUUUCUCGUCGCUCAUUCCGACACACCUUUUACGCAACUUUUUGCGUAGCCAUUCCUUUCUACAAACAAACAAAAUGAAGAUGCACUGGUGCACUCCCCUCCUCGCCCUGGCAGCGCCAGUUCUCUCUCUGCCGUUGAAGGACCCUCGCUCUGCAACAGCAAGCUCUGAGCGCGCCAUCUGGCUAUGGAACUCCGACAUCAUCCAGGAUGACUCCCAGGUCCAGACCUUCCUCUCUAAGAUGACCAACAGUAACCACCCCUUCCAGACUGUCCUUGCACUCAUCGACCGCGACAUGGGCAACGCACCUUGGGAGUCCUUUAUUAAGAAGUGCAAUGCUGCAGGCCUCAAAGUCGAAGCAUUGAUGGGCGACAAGCAGUGGAUCGUCGGUGGCACGACUGAGGAUGGACCCACCCUGGAGCACGAGCUCGACUGGAUCAAGAACUACCAGGCAAGCGCCUCCUCUGACGCCAAGCUUGCUGGCAUCCACCUCGACGUCGAGCCAUGGGCGCUUGAGGACUUCGACUCCAACAAGGCUGAGUACGUCUCUUCGCUCGUCUCCAUUGUUGGUCAGACCAAGAAACUCGCCCAGUCGCUCGACAUGCCUCUUGGCGCCGAUCUUCCUUUCUGGGCUAACACUGUCGCGUGUGCGGACUCCACUCUCGACACAUGCCUCCUGGACAAGCUGGACUCUGUUACCUUCAUGACAUACCGUAACACCGCCAAGUCGCUCCUCGGUAUUGCCGACCCCGUGCUCAAGGCUGUCAAGGGCGUCGAUUCUUCCAUCCCGGUUUGGCUGUCCGUUGAGACCAGCAGCGAAUGCUCUGACGUCAGCUUGAUCAGCUACGCGGGCAAGACCUUGAGCACCCUCAUCGGCGACUUGGCGACGAUUACAACGAGUGCGAAGAAGAGCGCUGGAAACUUCGCUGGUGUUGCUGUGCACAGCUACACCGACUUCUUGGCUAUGGGCGCUUAAGCUCUACAUUUUACUUCUGGCAAUCUGGAUUUGGAGCAGUGAACAGAGGCUCAUGUUGCAUACAUGCUGGUACGACUUUUCGAUCUACGGAACGAUCGAUACGAGUUUCGUUACGUACUACAUGAUAUGAUGAUUUACGG